AUGUCAACGCUCAACACUGUCAAGUCACCUGCCAUGAAUGUCAAUUUCUUUGCUUUCGCCAUUAUGCCAAAUAUAAAGCUGCAAUCUUCGGACGGCGAGACCUUCGAGAUCGACGUCGAAAUCGCCAAGUGCUCGGUAACCAUAAAAACCAUGCUGGAGGACCUGGGCAUGGACGAGGAAGAGGAGGAGGUCGUGCCCUUGCCCAACGUAAACUCAGCUAUCCUACGGAAGGUCAUCCAAUGGGCCACAUACCACAAAGACGACCCGCCCCCGCCCGAAGACGACGACAACAAGGAGAAGAGAACCGACGACAUAUCCUCGUGGGACGCGGACUUCCUCAAAGUCGACCAAGGCACUCUGUUCGAACUGAUCCUGGCAGCGAACUAUCUAGAUAUCAAAGGCCUGCUCGACGUCACUUGCAAGACCGUGGCCAACAUGAUAAAGGGCAAAGCGCCGGAGGAAAUACGGAAAACGUUUAACAUCAAGAACGAUUUCACGCCGUCCGAAGAAGAGCAAGUGCGCAAGGAGAACGAAUGGUGCGAGGAGAAAUAG